UUUUCUGGGGAAGGGGUGCAAGGCCACGGAAUGAAAGCGAUGCGUUUGCAAUCAGAACUGUCAAGCUGUUCGAGAAUGUGAUCUAAAGCCUCGUGCCAAUCAAGUGUGCCUCGACUGCAACGACCUAGAAGAUGCACGCCGUGGCCUUCAUACAAAGUCUGCUUCCCGCGUCUCGUCACACCAAGUCUGAAAUCGUGUUGGUAUACGUGCACUCCUCGAGGGCUGUACAAUGCCAACAGAAGCUCAUCAAAUGCGGGCUUCGACCGGGCCCCUUCGAGUGCGAAUUUUACGUGCAUGAAGCGGAACUCCCAACGAUGUUUGUUUCUGUUCCAGCACAGCUGCGCACUCUUACAUUCGAUACGUUUACCAUUUCUUGCCCAAUCGUACACAGCAGAGGUUUUACCUCGAAGCUGCCCGCUGAUACAGAGCCCAUCCUGCGGAUCGGAAAGAACCUCGUUUGGAUGAAUCAUGCGAUCAAGUUGGCGAACCAUAUUUUCCAAACACUCACCCCGCGUCUUGUUGCUGUAGCUCGACAGCGGGACAUCUUCAUAUGCUUGUGCCAUCUCAAAACGCGGGCAAGCUGCAAGAGCCUCUGUAAUCCGAUGAUCGGAAAGUGGAACAUCUGCUAUGCGUCGGCAUGAAUUGGAGGGCUCGUCGAGCUUGCGAAGUAUGUCGCAAAGUCCUCUUGACCAGCACGACGAACCACUACUACUUGAGAUCUGGAUUUGAUAUCCUGAUGUAUGUGUUCGGACACCACGAGCUGCAACUGCGAAAGACAAAUCAUGCUCGUACACGUACACUCUGUCUGGGCAGUACAACACCAGCACCAGCCUGUCGAAAUCGUGGCCACGAGGCUGUUGCUCCAUUAAAAUCUUCACGCCCGAAAACGAAAAUCUCCACGUACUAGUACGCUGUACAUAUGACAACCUCGCGUGCUUACAUUGAACGCGACGUCCGCCGUGCAUCCAGCAAAAUCGGCCAGGGCCGCCUGACAUCUCAUUUCCUUGAAACGAAGGAUCCUGAUCGCACAAUAUGCCUCGCGCUACUCUUGCCAAGACUUCGGCGCGCUGUCUGCUCGGAAGCGUUGCUAAUGGAGCUCGCAGAUAAAUACUUGAGCACUCUGUAUCUCGGUACCUCCUCAGAAUGUUAGACAAGAGCGUCUUCUCCGCAUCCUUCACUGGUGCAAAAUCCUCGCCGCCGGCAGUCGAUAACGACGACGUCGUCGUCGUGUGCGGGCGAAUCUGUCAGUCGGGCUGGCGGGACACUCCUCGUCGUCGUCGUUGUCGUCGCUUGCAAGCGCUGGGAAGUGGGGGGCGGGGGUCCGAAUCCCCCCCCUGCCCCCGACUUUACGAGGGGGGGUCCGAACCCCUUCCCCGACGACUUUCGCUCUGGGGAAGGGUGGGGGAGUCCGACCCCCCCCGGAACCCCUGACGUCCUCCCAGCGUGCUCAGAAGACGCUCGUUCGAAUGUCGGAGAACGCGCUUGCAGGCACCAGGGAAGCCGCACGGCCUCGCAAGGUAGACCAGCUUGGCAAUGAGCCGGCUAGCCCCAGAAGCAUAAAUACGGCAUCACAUGAUCAAGGCGCACGUGCAGAGCCUGGCUAACGCAGCGAGCCGUGUGCGUCGACGAGAACGACGUGAACCAGCAUGGCGUCAGGCAGCAUGGUUUGGGCCAAGCUUGCCUGAGCCCAAGCGGCCACGAACACGAAGGAGAGGGUCCCUGUGAGAAACGCAGCCUGCAC